AUUGUACACUUGACCGGGUUGGAUGCAUGACGCUCUUUUCUGGUCAAGCCAGUGAGGGUGAGGGUACUCCGUUGUCAUUGUGUCGAAUUCGAAACUUCAAUCCGACAAAAUGAUCAUCUACAAGGACAUCAUCACUGCGGAUGAAAUGUUCUCUGACAUUUACAAGAUCAAAGAAUCACCAAAUGGGAUGUUAUUGGAAGUUGAGGGAAAGAUGGUUAGUAGAACGGAGAAUAUCGAUGACUGUCUGUUGGGGGCAAAUGCGUCGGCGGAGGUGCAGGAUGACGGCUGCGAGUCCAGCACAGUCAGUGGAGUGGACAUUGUCCUCAACCACAAACUGCAGGAGACAUCCUUCACCAAGGACUCAUACAAGGGCUACAUCAAGGACUACAUGAAGGCGAUCAAGGCUAAGCUGGAGGAGAACAACCCAGACAGAGUGAAGCCUUUCAUGGCUGGAGCUCAGGAGGAGAUCAAGAAGAUCAUGGGCAACAUGAAGAACUACCAGUUUUUUACAGGUGAGUCCAUGAACCCAGAUGGUAUGGUUGGGCUGCUGGAUUUCCGUGAGGACGGCAUCACUCCCUUCAUGACAUUCUUCAAAGACGGCCUGGAGAUCGAGAAAUGCUAACACUGGACUAAGUCUAUUUCAAUUGGCUGCUCAGCUGCAUCUCACCUGACCCACGACCACCAACCAACGAGACGACUGCUCUGCAUAACAUUUGGAUUGAAAGCAUUUAGUUACAAUUGUUAUAUUAUAUCUGAUUGGAAUGGAAGUAUUACUUUAAAGUAUUAUAAGAUGCCCAAACUAUGUCAUGUCUAUGGGGUUGGCUGAAGGGGUGCUGUGACAGUAUUUUGGUGUUGAUUCUGUAAUUGACCUUACUGAUUACUGUGUUGAACUCUUGACUAUUGUGUUCAGGUAAACUGGUAUAUUCAGGAAGGCCCAAUCAGAACAUUCAGAUGGAGGCAUAUAUGCUCUCUCUCUCUCUCUCUCUCUCUCUCUCUCUCUAUAUAUCUCUAUAUAUAUAUAUAUAUAUAUAUAUCUCUAUAUAUCUAUAUAUAUAUCAUGUAGAAUAAGGAAUUGUGUCAGCUUUAAUAUGUUACAUUUCCACCUGGGAAAUUCAAUAUGUCACACACAGUUUGCUGGGAUGAUUUGUUUAUCUCUGCGAAGACAAUGUUUCAGUCCAUUGAUUAGUUAUUCAUUAAUUGGUUAUUUAUUUUUGAUUGAUUUAACUCUCAGGCCUCCAUUUGCUUGGUUUACAGUUACAUUAGAUGUGACACCCUUACUAAAGGUAGUGGGAUAGCUUAGGACUUCCUGAUUUUAGUUGUGAAAAAUUAAACGAACACUGGGUAAAACAUU